AUGGCUGUUCCGUUACCAUUAUCCGCGGCUGCCGAUCCCAAUAUUCACUGUAAGUUAUACGAUUACGUGGAGACUUUAAAGAAAGACCCGAAUGGAUGGAAGUUAUGCGUAGAGAAUAUUAUUAAAGGUGACAUUGGUAGUGUCGAAGAUCACUUCAUCCUCUUACAAGUCUUAGAAGCUUAUGUGUCUAAAAAAUACUCGACCGAUGAUGCUGGACAAGAGAUAAUCAAACUUUGGAUGUCUACAUGGCUAUCAAAUCUCUGCACUUCCGAUCCACCACCAGCGUUUCUAGCGAACAAAGUUGCUCAGUUAUUUGCAUUAGUAUUUGCUGCUGAUUUUCCAUCUCGUUGGCCUCACUUUAUGCAGGAAGUUUUCAUGCAAAGGCUAGAGUACCCACCUGUUGUCACAUUUCUUCUUCGUACGUUGAUUGCUAUAGACAGCGAAGUCGUUGACAGAGAAAUUCAGCGGCCUAAAGAGCUGUUUGAUCGCAACACACGCAUAAAAGAUGCGAUGCGAGAUCUUUGCAUAAAGGACUUGGCAGAAGUAUGGGCGAACACUCUGGUAAAAAGGGGUAGCGAUGUCAAAGCGCAGGAACUUUGUCUCGACGUGAUAUCUUGUUAUGUAGAUUGGAUCGAUAUUGAACUCAUUGUUAAUGACACGAUGAUUCCGCUCAUUAUAGGCUGCCUGAAUAAUGCUAAUACAAGUGAUUCAGCAGUGAGAGCUAUUUGCGCGAUCAUGGAGAAAGGGAUGGAUGUUGAGAAGAAGUUUUCUUUAGUUUUUGCCUUGAGUACGCUUCUCCGAUCCAACAAUUCGUUAUCUGUUUCUCAGGGUAGCGAUGCGGACAGUGUUAUGCAAAACGGGUCCUUGAUUAAUUCAUUGGGGCUAGUCUAUAUCGACUGUUAUUCGAAAUUUGAGAAAACUAACAACAUUGAACGAGUAAGGGAGUGUGCGACACUUAUGGAGAGUCUGGUGGAUAGUGCACUGUCUUGUUUAUCCCAUGAGGAUAUCUACGCUUCACAAACAGUGGUGGACUUUUUGCGCCGAUAUCUUGCUUACUUAAAGGGGCAUACUUUAAGUGAAGGGCAUCUUUCCUUUAUACAGCAGCUAGUUAAUAUAGUGGUUCUUCGGUAUAAAGCACCUGAAGAAAUUAAUCUUGAGACUGACGGUGAGAACGAAAUUGAGUUUUUGGAAUACCGCAAGCAGCUGCGUGGGAUUUUGUCUUCAAAACCAGAGGUUUUAAUAUCUGUUAUUGACCCAGCCGUAAGCACGAUGUGCAAGGAUUGGGAACGCUGCGAAGUGGCCCCACUGGAGGCAGUCGUCUCUCUAAUUUAUUACUUUCCUGAAGUUCUAAAUACAAACUUUGUCAUGGGGAAGAACGAAGUUUCUUUACUUGCGAGGAACCUUGUGCUGCAGGUUUUGGCUAGCAAUGUCAGCAUGCGGGAUGCGCUUGUGGUUAAUCGAGUAUUUUUUGAGAUGGCGUGUAGGUAUGAUAAGCUCUUAGCAACUGAACCUAAACUUCUUCCUGCAAUUUUGGAAGCAUUUCUUGACAAACGUGGUCUUUCACAUCCCUCUGCGGCGCAUAGGACGCGUAUUGUAUAUUUAUUUACUCGCUUUGUUAAGGCUCAUAAACAAGCUUUAAGUGCGUAUAUGGGGACAGUAUUACGUAGUUUAGCUCCGCUUCUUGCUGUGUCACCGCUCUCAAGUUCAUUGUUCAGUAGCGACGACCAGAUGUAUCUUUAUGAAGCUACUUCAACUUUAAUUUUAUACGGGUCAAUGGAUUUGUCUCAAAAACAAGAGUAUAUGAAGGAGUUAUUAGCCUCUUUAGCGGAUAGAUUUAUGAACACUUAUGAACAACUUACUUCUCCUGAUUCAAAUGAGGAGGAGAUUGAACUUUUAAAGGACUACUUGGCAAAUAUUAUUUCUUACUGUUCGCGAAUAACGAAACCGUUUACCGAUACUUUUACAAUGAAGGAAUGUGGACUUGAUGGGGCUUUUGCUGAACUUCUAAACAAAUUUUUGGAAAAAGCUCAUUUGGACUAUCCUCCAAUAGCUGAUGCUUUACGGCAGUAUCUUCACAGAAUGGUUAUAUGCCUUGGAGACGAAUUCCUGCCGGCCUUACCAAUUAUUUUUGGAAAAUUUUUAACUGCCUCUUCGAAUCUGAAAGCUUUGCAGGGGUUUCUAAUUCUUUUGCAACAAAUUGUUGCAAGGUUUAAAGAGAAGCUGCUUACUACAAACGUGAACCUUCGAGCUCUCUUUGAAGUAGUAUGGGCAGUUCAAGAAAGCAACCAGGCGACAAGUGACGAGACCGUUGCAGAAAAUUUGCGUUAUUUAAACCGAGCAUAUCUUCAGACAGUACUUGCUAUAACAAAUAAUAAGCUGCUACGUCUUUUAUCUUCGUUAGGGAGUGGUUUUAUGGAACGGUUGUACUCAUCGCUGUUUUUUUUCUGUGUUUACGAGGACCCGCUAGCCCAAAAAGUAGCUUUGACUACUCUGUACAAACUGGUUUCCUCUUUUUCAUUCCCUGAUCUAUUAUGGGAUAAGAUGGUUGUGACCGUGCUUCAGAUACCUUUGUGUAAACAACAUGAUGUCUCGGAUGCACAGUGCAUGAUUGUUCAACAUGAAGUAGCUGCUUGUUUAUUGUUGUUCCGACAGUGUUGUACAGAGAAAUUUGAUAGGCUGUUAGAAUCAGUGCUUCCUGUUGAUUUAGCAAAACAGUUCAGCCAGUGCCUUAGUUCAGAUCUUUCAAAGGGUAAAGAACUGGACAAGCGUGUCGAUGAGCUGUACGCUGCACUCCGAGAAAGGACGAACCUUUCAUAA